GAAGCAUGGCAUGCUUACAGAGCUCCUGGGAUAUGCCAUUUUCUAGCCUUAUUUAUGUUAGCUCUUCACCCUAAAAACACCACAGAGCAGCUUACCUGCUUUAGCCAUCUGUACAGAAGGCGAUUUCUCCCGUUUCUAACAAUAGAAAACUUCCCAGUGUUAACAUGUAGCAAAAAGGAGAAACAAGAGAAAAAGAAAAAAAAAAAAAAAAAAAAAAAAAAAAAGCCUCUUUGGUCCGCCCUCCCUGGCUGUUGCUACCUUGCAGUUUAUGACAUGCAGAUAGAGGGAGGUCUGGUGAAGUGAACAAGGCAGCCGGAGAGCUGGUCCAUUCCCGUGGAAACCACGAAUCCCUGGGCACAGGCAGCUCUCCCUACUUUCCUGCGGGAUUUCUUUUGUGCGACUUUGAGAGGGGCUCAUGAAUGAUUUCUCAACGUGUGCCUGGCUCAGGCAAGCCGCACAGGGAGGGAGUAACCCAGCUGAGUGGGGGCAGAGCCAGCAAACACAGACCGCGCAGCGCUGGAAGUGGUUCUACUCGUGCAUGCAGUUUUUGAAGUCAGCAAAACAGAAAUCAAAUUACUAUCCUAUUAUGCUGGUCGAUGCUCAAGAAGGGACUCUAUGCUCGCUUAAUUACCAUGAGAGAUGCGGCAAGUCAGAGAACAGCAAAGUAUGUCUAACGUGGGGACCCUGAAGACAAAUGUAAGUUCUCAUGCUGCUGUAUUUUACUGCCGUGCAAUUUUCUUUCUGGCUUGAAAUCGUGCUUGGCCAAAAUGUUACCAUUUCCAUGAGAAUUGCUAGCGUGGAAAGUUGUCUGAUCUUUGCUUAAGACUUUUUUUUUCCUUCUUUUAUUAACUAAGAAUAAUGCAAAUGGAAAUUCCCGACAGCAGCUGGGAAAUUCCCGACAUUCAGCCUCAGACUUAGAACUAUAACCCCAACUAGAUUCAAUUACUAUGGGAUUAACACUGGAUGUAUUUUUAAUGGAUGUUCUUAAUGUAGAAUGCCUCCGGCCCCACCGUUUUGGACUGCAUGCUAUUUUAAUACUGCUGUGGCUAAACUAGUGUGAUCAACAUAACCAACAGAAUGAGAUAGAGCUCAGGGAGAUUCCUGGUAAUCACCAAACUUUUCUUUUCUGGCCAGGAUCACCUUGUUUCUUCCUGAAUCCUCAAAACUCUGCAACCUCUGUUAAAAAGUUCAUUCUGCUUUUUUGACCUUGCUUUGAAGGGAAAAAAAAAAUGCAACCAACAAGACUCCCCUAACAUUGUGAAGGAAAGAAAUAGAAGAAGCCACUGCAGUUCCUCAACAACCAUUGUGAUCAUGAGGGAAAAAAGGCAACCCAAGGAGCCCAGCAUGUACACCAGCUUCCGUGUGACAGAGCGUGAGGACAGAAAGAUGAAUGGCGGGCUGAGGCUCUGACUUGUUAGUUUUCCUUUACUUUAGCUGCUACAAAUUCCGGCUUAGCAAUGGAUGUUCUUUUUGAAGAAAAUGCUUCCUUGAGCUCCACUACAAACUCCUUAGUGCAAUUACAUGACGACACAAGGCUCUACAAUAAUGACUUUAACAACGGAGAAGCUAACACUUCAGAUGCGUUUAACUGGACAGUGGACUCGGAAAAUCGAACCAACCUUUCCUGUGAGGGCUGCCUCUCACCACCCUGCUUCUCCCUACUUCAUCUCCAGGAAAAAAACUGGUCUGCUUUGUUGACAGCUGUAGUGAUUAUUCUAACCAUUGCUGGAAACAUACUCGUCAUCAUGGCAGUGUCCCUAGAGAAAAAGCUGCAGAACGCCACCAACUAUUUCCUGAUGUCACUUGCCAUAGCUGAUAUGCUGCUGGGUUUCCUUGUCAUGCCCGUGUCCAUGUUAACCAUCCUAUAUGGCUAUCGGUGGCCUCUACCUAGCAAACUCUGUGCUGUCUGGAUCUACCUGGACGUGCUCUUCUCCACGGCCUCCAUCAUGCACCUCUGUGCCAUCUCGCUGGAUCGCUACGUUGCCAUCCAGAAUCCCAUCCAUCACAGCCGAUUCAACUCCAGAACUAAGGCAUUCCUGAAAAUAAUUGCUGUUUGGACCAUAUCAGUGGGGAUAUCUAUGCCAAUACCAGUCUUUGGACUACAGGAUGAUUCCAAGGUCUUUAAGAAAGGGAGCUGCUUACUUGCUGACGAUAAUUUCGUCCUGAUCGGCUCUUUUGUGUCAUUCUUCAUUCCCUUAACCAUCAUGGUGAUCACCUACUUUCUAACUAUCAAGUCACUCCAGAAAGAAGCUACUUUGUGUGUGAGUGAUCUUGGCACACGGGCCAAACUAGCUUCUUUCAGCUUCCUCCCUCAGAGUUCCCUGUCUUCAGAAAAACUCUUCCAGCGGUCAAUCCACAGGGAACCAGGGUCCUAUGGCAGAAGGACUAUGCAGUCCAUCAGCAAUGAGCAAAAGGCCUGCAAGGUGCUGGGCAUUGUCUUCUUUCUGUUUGUGGUGAUGUGGUGCCCAUUCUUCAUCACGAACAUAAUGGCCGUCAUCUGCAAAGAGUCUUGCAACGAGGAUAUCAUCGGAGCCCUGCUCAAUGUGUUUGUUUGGAUCGGUUACCUCUCCUCAGCGGUCAACCCACUUGUGUAUACACUGUUCAAUAAGACCUACAGGUCGGCCUUUUCACGGUAUAUUCAGUGUCAGUACAAGGAAAAUAAAAAACCAUUGCAGUUAAUUUUAGUGAACACUAUACCGGCCUUGGCCUACAAAUCUAGUCAACUCCAAAUGGGACAAAAAAAGAAUUCAAAGAAAGAUGCCAAGACCACAGAUAACGACUACAGUAUGGUUGCUCUAGGAAAACAACAUUCAGAAGAUGCUCCUACAGACAAUAUUAACACAGUGAAUGAAAAGGUUAGCUGUGUGUGAUAGACUGGUUGCCAUAGCAACCAUGGAGGGCACACUGGGCAAAUUUUUACCUAUCUGGGGGAAAAAAAAGACAAAGGGGAGACUGGAAAAAAAAUUAGGCCGAUCUAGUAGAACCAACAAUAAUAUUUAUAUGCCUCAUUUUAUUCUGUCAAUGAAAAAAAAAAGGCAGGG